AUGGUGAUGAAAACAAACCACGCCGGAUACUUUAGAAUCCUAGGGAAUGUUCGAGAUUACCCCACGCGACCAGCAUUUAGAAUUGAGGAAGUUUCGCCCCUCUAUGCCUGGAUCAGCUCCCAAUGGGAAAGAAGCUUCAAACCAUUUUGGUUCAUCCAACUCGUACACGACAAGUACCUAGCGUCCACCAUCGUCGUUAUCUUCUACCUCAUGAUAUGCAAGUAUGGAGUCUCCUUUAUGAAAAAGCGGGAAGAAUUAAAUUUAAGGAAAGUUAUUAUCACAUGGAAUUUGUCCCUUUUCCUAUUCAAUUUUAUAGUAGUAAUAAAACUUAUACCUGUUUUAUUGUAUACAAUUUUAAAUUAUACUUUUAAUGGAUUAUUAAUUAUUCCUCCAAUUUACACGUACGCUUUUGGAACUCCUGGUUUAUGGGUAUGUUUAUUUAUUAUUUCAAAAUACAUUGAACUAAUAGAUACAUUUUUUUUAAUUUUAAGAAAAAAAAAAAUUACCCUACUGCACUGGUUUCAUCAUGCCACAGUCUUACUAUACACAUGGGAUACCUACUCUGCUGAAGUAUCAGCAGGUUUUAUAUUUAUAAUUAUAAAUGCAUUCGUUCAUACUAUUAUGUAUUUCUAUUAUUUUUUGGCCACUUUAUAUAAUAAACCACUUACAUGGAGUAUUUUUGUAACGGUGCUACAGAUUUUUCAAAUGAUCCUAGGAAUAACUAUAACAUUAUAUUGCUUAUAUAUAACUUACGCAUAUAAAUUUAGCAACUAUUGGGAUUUGCGUUCUAUUCGAAAACUCCAACACAAAUUUACAUUCGACCGAGGCCAUUACAUCAACAGAACCAACCUUGUCUGCGCCUCUCUCAUGUAUCUAUCCUAUAUAUUCUUGUUUGUGAAGUACUUCUGCGACAGGUACGUUCGUGCUGCACCAAAUCAGGAGCAGAAGCAGGGACAGAAGCAGGAGCAGAAGCAGGGACAGAAGCAGGGACAGAAGCAGGAGCAGAAGCAGGAGUAG